AUGCAUGUCUGCGGGUCAACGGUUACGCUUGUCCCGUUACACCACAAGGCCGAGACUGCCAUGUGUGUUGACCUUAGGGAGUACCAUGUCAUGCCGCAUGAUGCUGCCGGGGCGCCAGUUGACUCGGCUGGGUUUAUGCUCCGGCAUCCUCAGAAUCAGAACGGAGAUGUCCUGCUCUCGGGACGCAGCGAAGACGAGGCCAAGGAGUGGAUCCGGGUCCUCGCGGCUGCACCCAACCAAGACCAGCCACCUCGGAUCACAACAGAGGCACCCGCGGAAGGCGCUGCUACGCCCAGGAGCCCGCAGACUUCCUCGCUCCUCCUCCCCCUGCCCGGAUGGGUGCUGGACGCUGCCUCCCACUACCCCGCCGAUGCCAACGUGUUGCUCGAGAACAACAAGCUCUCACUCGCGUGGUACCGCCUGCACUUUGCCCAAACCUCACAUGCCAACUUCCUCGGCGAGAACGUGAAUGAGAAGGGUGAACACGUGGUGAUUUCGGUCAUGAGGUCGGGCGAGCGACGGAUCCGUGCCAUCGUGUGGACAACGGCGAGCGUCACACCGCUGGAGAUUGCGACCACCAAGAAGUUCAAGUCGUUCAAGCGUGACCUCAAGACAGUCCUCCUCGAGUUUGAUCCCCAGGGCCUGGGCAAGAAGCACAGCAAGUUUCGCAACGUCACCGGCAGCCGCGUCGCCAACGCACUCGUGCGAAUCGAGGACGCGCUCUUCCCGCGACAGCUCGCAGUCACCGUUCUUUUUGCACGAGCCGACCAGCAGUACUCAUCGCAAAUCCUGGGCAACUCUGUUGUGCUCGACAGCAGCAACGAGGACGUGGACGCCCAAGGCGACCAGACGGGUUCCAGCGACGGCAUCGCCGCGUUCAAGGACUUUCUCUCACUCCUAGGCACCGAAGUCGAGCUCAAUGGCUGGGACGGCUACGCCGGGCAGCUCGACACGUCGGCGGCGGCGCGGACGGGCAAGACGUCGUACUUUACCACGGUCGGCGCCACUGACAUCAUGUUCCACGUCGCGCCACUCAUUCCGGGCUCACAGAUCCGGCGUGCUGUGCGGCUCAAGGCCAACAUUGCGGCCAUUGUGUUCUUGGAGAGCGCGAACACGAGCGUCCAGCUCGAUCUGAUCAUGUCAUCGCGGACGUGCACAAUCCUGGCGGUGGCUCCGAGCCCAUCCGUUCCGGGCGCGUACAUCUGCCAGACCGCACGGCGGCGCGAGGCGACCGGGCACUCGUGCCUCCCGAGUGCAACGGCAUACCCGGCGGGCCAUCCGUCACUCGCCGGCGCGCUGCUCGCGUCGCUCGUUAACGGCAUCCAUUCUGCGUUGCGGAGGUUCCCGGUCCUUGUUCGUGAGCUGAGCAACGUCCGGCGUGCUGUGUACGAAUCGCUGGUCAUGGCGGUUUCUACUUCCUCGCCCGGGUUUGAGCUCGGCCCAUCGUCGGGCAAUCCAGUUGAUGUCGCAAGCAUGCGCGUGCUGGCGCCCAUCAUUGGUGCCAACAAGAGCGGGGCACGUGGCCGUGCAGACGACGCCUGUCGUUUCGUACAAAACGUCCGUAUUACCGGAUGGGACAUUUGGGACAACAUGGUGUACUUUGCCGAUGUGCGUGGCCUCCACACCCACAACGUCCUCCAGUCGGUUUCUGCGUCUCGGACGCUCGUCUCGGGUGCGAUUUCUUCGUUCCGCAUUGUGCGUUCGCUCGGCGUUGUCAUUUUCCGUGGCGGUGUGGGCAAGCGCGCGGCCAAGACGUCGAUCCAGUACGCGUACCUCUCAAGCAUCGGACCGGCGGUUACACACACGCUGGACAAGACCAAGAGCGCAACGUGCUUUGACAUGCUCGUCACCAAAGGCGGGACGGCGAUGCUGGCCGUGGCAGUCAAGUCGACCAUCCGCAUUUUUGAGUGGGUCCAUGGCCUCUUUGUCCUCUCGACCACGCUCAAGCUUGAGCAGCGCCCAAUUCGGGUCUCGUUCUUCUCGUCCGGGCGGCUCUCGCUCGUUCUUCCCUCGGGCUUUAUCGUCAUCCACCCUGUCACUGGCAAGUACUGCAAGCUUUUGGCCGAGCCUCAGGCUGAGGAUGAGAUUGCCAUUGGCGACAACGCACAGACCACCGAGCUUGACUUGGAUGAGCCGUCGUCGCACGUCCUCAUCACUUCCCGGUUUUCUUCGGUCCUCAUUGACGCCGACAGCGGGCGGAGCGCGCACAGCAUCAUGCCGCACAUCUCGUGGAUUCGCGCACCGCAUCGCAUUGCCACGCUUGGGCCGCAUGUCAUUGGCAUCUCGGGCGCCUCGAUCGAGGUUCGGCUAGCGUGCAGCGGCGCGUUCAUGCAAGCCACCGACUUGCCGCAACCAAUCGUCGCGCUUGUCUCGACGGGUGACUCGCUGUUCUUGGCCUCGGCGUCCGGCAAGACCAAGUCCGCCACCGUGUACCAAGUGUAUCUUGCGCCGACUCUGCUGCCGAUUGCGACUCGGCUCGCUCCAGACGUCGCAGGUCUCAUCGACCACAUUUGCAUCGACUCGGUCAUCGCUUGA